GUCCAAUCCUUACACUGUAGUCUUAUUAUUAUAUCUCAGUAGAAGAAAAAAAAUACCUAAAAAUAGCAAAAAGACGCGCUAUCACAUCACGCGCCAUUUCUAAUGCUGAAGAAGGCACCAUCAUCAUCAUCAUUGUUGUCGUCUCAUUUACUAACUCAACGUCGUCACUCGUUUCUUCUUCUCCGUUUCACUUCUGGGCUUCAAACAGUCUCAAAUCUAACUUUCCCCAGUUCAAUCCCUUUCCGGGAACAAUUGUUAAUAUAUCUAUCUUAUGGUGGCAAAUAAUUAAGUCAAUCAUCAGAACUUGACAAAUACGAGGGACGAAAGUGCUCAUUGUUUCGGCACAGUUAACAAAGUGGUACAUACACAAGGUUUCUAUGCUUUCGUCAUUUCCAGUUGUGUUGGUGAUCUUAGAUGGAUGUUUCCUCUUUGGAACUGCAUUCCGAAAAUCAAACUGAGACCUGUCCAUUGUUAAUGGAGCGAUCAGACAACUUUAGUGAACAUGCUAUUGACAUACUGACGAGUAGUGAUACUUCAUCAAACUUGUCUCGUGAAACAACUUCGAAUGGUUUGGAUGUCUUCCAGCGUGAAGACGGACCUUCUAGUAGUACAAGAGUGAUAGGUUCUCAACCUUCAACAUCUUCUUCCAAUGGCACAAACUCAAGAACCCCUUCUGUUGUCAGGAGAGGGGAAGCCCGUCGUCGUCGGAGUCCAUUGAAUUCUGGUUUGUGGAUUUCUAUUGAACUAGUUCUUACAGUGAGCCAGAUUGUAGCAUCUGUUAUUGUCCUGGCUUUGUCAAGGAAUGAGCAUCCCCGUACACCGUUGUUUGCAUGGAUUGUGGGUUAUGCUUCUGGUUGUGUAGCAACCCUCCCUCUUCUUUAUUGGCGUUAUCGGCAUCGUAACCAGGCUUCUGAGCAAGACUCAGCUCAACAUCGCAACACUUCACGCAUUAAUGUCCCUGCCGGACCCUUUUCUCUCUCUGUCACUAGGACUACUGAUGGGGCUGAUCAUCAUACUGCAACUACAAGUAGUAGAGGUGGUCAAAGUGCAGGAGUUACAAGUGCAAGAAUUAAGGCACUAGUUGAAUACUUCAAAAUGGUUUUAGAUUGCUUCUUUGCUGUUUGGUUUGUGGUUGGCAAUGUCUGGAUCUUUGGUGGGCAUUCAUCUGCAAAUGAGGCUCCUAACAUGUACAGGUUAUGUAUAGUUUUUCUUGCGAUUAGUUGUAUUGGAUACGCAAUGCCCUUCAUUCUAUGUGCCACGAUCUGCUGUUGCCUGCCUUGUAUUAUUUCUGUCCUUGGGUUUAGAGAGGACCUAUCACAGACCAGAGGUGCCACUUCCGAAUCCAUAAAUGCUUUACCUACUUACAAGUUCAAGGCGAAGAAAAGUAGAAAUGGUGAUGGUAGGGAAAUAAACUUGGGUGCCGGUGAGGGUGGUGUUGUAGCUGCCGGAACUGAAAAGGAACGUGUCAUCUCUGGAGAAGAUGCAAUCUGCUGCAUUUGUUUGGCGAAAUACGCAAACAACGAUGAGUUAAGGGAGUUGCCAUGUUCUCAUUUCAUGCACAAGGAAUGUGUUGACAAAUGGCUUAAGAUCAAUGCUUCCUGCCCUCUUUGCAAGAGCGAGGUUGGCGAGAACUUACUGGACGCAAUCUCGGGUACAAGUGCCACCAUCUUGAGUUCUCUCUCUGGACCGAAUGACAACCAGCGACGAGGAGAAAGGAGGACUGGUAACAGUUAUACCAGCUCCAGCUCCAGCUCCAGCUCCAUGUUUUAAUAUUAUAAUGAUGAUGUAAUAAAAAAAUAGAGCAGUAUGAUACAUUUAAUGCUUUGGAAUUGCAAGGUGUCUAUGGUGAUUGCAUGAAUCACUUUUGUUAAAUGAAAUUUGAUUAGCGACAUAAUUGAUAUAUAGAUAUAUUGCAGAAUUGGCAAGAAUUUCUGGUUUUUGCAUUUAAAGAUAAUUGUAAUUUGUACCGUGGGCUUAGGAAGUAAUGAGAAAAAUGAUGAAUCUUUUGAA